AUUAUAAUCCAUGCAGCUUGACGAUAUUUCGGGUGAGGGGUCAUAAAUAAAGACCGACUCUGUACAUUUGCAUACUGUAUUCCCUGCUGCAUAGCUCAAAGACAUAAUGACCCUGCUCCGAUUCCUGUACUCCCGCUUGGCUGCUGAAGCUUGGGCAUCGUAGAGAAGUUAUUCCAGAGGGACACGGGAGACAAAGACUUGGACUUGAGUUCCACCGCCCCGCUGCUCGUCCCUCCAGUCGGCUGCAGCUGUGAGCCAGCUGCCUGCGGGAGCUGUGCAGUCGGCCGGAGCUCCGCUGAGCCAUGCGACAGUGGAGCGUCCCCGUCGCGACCCCGCGUUCUGAGCCACUCCCGGGGCGUCUCACCCUGUCGCUGCCUCCAUCAGAUGCAACCAUGGAGUGCAGUGGCACGGAGCCACGCUACACUAUCGAACAGAUAGACCUCCUCCAGCGUCUGCGCCUGUCAGGUAUGACCAAACCUCAGAUCAUCCACGCUUUGGAGUCCUUGGAAAGGCUGGACCCAGACCACCGCUCGCUGCACUGUGACUCCAAUUCCGCUCCAUCCAACAACACUCCCGCCACAGCCGCCCAAGCCCCAUCCUCAUCUUCGUCUUCUUCCUCCUCGCUCUCCUUGGCGUCAGCCACCACUCAGACCUGUGGCCUGGAUGCCACUGCACUCUCCCCAAGCAACAGCUAUGAAGCUUCUCCCCCACCUCUGUACCCUCCCAGUGUUGUAGUGCAGCGCUCCUUUAGCUAUGACAUGAUUGGAGAAGAGGAGUGGGACUUGGAGGAGAAGGUGGAGGAGUAUAUGAGGAGGGACAGUAACUUGGUGAAAGAAGAGAUCAAAACCUUUCUCAAUAAUCGCAGAAUCUCCCAGGCCAUCGUGGGACAAGUCACAGGCAUCAGUCAGAGUUAUAUCUCCCAGUGGCUGCUGCAACAGGGCCUGGAAAUGAGCGAUUCCAAGCGCAGAGCCUUCUACCGCUGGUACCUGCUGGAGAGGAACAAUCCAGGGCUGAGGUGGAGUGAAAGCCAGACCUCCAUGGGUCCCAGAGCCAGGGGCUGGGAGAGAGAUGGGCCGCUUGCAACAGGCAGCCUUACCAACAUCCUCCCAAACCCCAACACCACUCUGCACCCCAACCCAUUGUGGAUCAGGCAGAGAGAGCUGCUGAUGCACUUGCUGCCCUGGUACGCUGCUGCCACCGCAGCUGCCCAAGUGCAGCCAGGAGCCACCUUGUCCAUGCGUUCUUUGGUGAAGGAGGAACCUGACUGGCGGGCAGGAAUCAUGGCCAGUGACCGGGCUGGCGUGGUCGCUGGACCUCUCAGGCUGCGUCGAGGAAGUAGGUUCACAUGGAGGAAGGAGUGUCAAUCAAUCAUGGAGAGUUUCUUCAUGGAGAACCAGUACCCUGAUGAAGCACGACGGGAAGAAAUCGCCAAUGCCUGCAACUCUGUCAUCCAGAAACCAGGUUGUAAACUGUCUGAGUUUGAGCGUGUGACAGCCCUGAAGGUCUACAACUGGUUCGCCAAUCGCCGUAAGGAGAUGAAGAGGCGAGCCAAUAUUGAAGCUGCCAUCUUGGAAAGCCACGGAAUUGAGGUGCCUAGCCCCAGCUGCCACUCCAAUGGAGAAGACGGUGAAAUGCAGGACUUUGCUGAGCAGAUUGGUCAUCGAUUCUCAGAGCAGAAUCCUCCUCCCAGAGAAUCGCGGAUCAGCAGGAUUCUUCCAAAACUGCCUGCUCUGAAGUCGUAGCCUCCUCCAGCCCUGACGCCUCCGUUCUGGAACAGAAAGAGGAGAAUUCCAAAAGGGAGUCUGUGGAAGAACAGUGACAAAAAAUUCUGCAUCAAUGGAGUUGAUCGAAAAGUAAAAAAGCUCAGAAAUGGAGCCUGUGCGGGAAGAAUAAGCUGUAUUUAUCGAAAGUUAUCUUGCUAAUGUAACAAUAUACACUAUACAGUAUGUAAUCUAUAGCGCAUUCCAAAAUGGUAUCCAUACUCCUCAAUAGCUUUAAUCUAAAAUGUAUUUAAAGACAUUUAGAGCCUCUUUUAUUUAACGCUUUAUAUCAUAGCUUUUUCAAACUUGGGUCAUGUGACGGACAUGGUCAGGCCUGCAGGUCAGGUGAGUGUGUUGCUGGUGUUCAAUAUCAGAACGUUUCCUCAAAGCUUCUCAUGCAUUCAAACUCAGACCUCAAAGAAUCGGCCGAUCAGAUCGGCCGAGGGCUCAUAGUAAUCCGUCAAACCCUGAGGGACAACUGGAAUCUCAGGUAAUCCCAACAACGGUGGAUAUAGAUGGUGAACGCUCGUGUUCUUUUUGAAGUACUCACUGGUUCAACCUCAUUUCAAAAGUCUAAUCUGAGACUUAAAACUGUGUUUCUCUUAAAGAGCUCAUGCUUUUAUGCUCGAAGCACCUUCUGAAAGACGACGUUUAGGCAUAAACUUGCAACAAACCCAGAGCAGUGAUAGAAGCUAUCAUGGGUGCUUGACUGUAUCGACAUAAUCAGUAUGUAGAAAGCGCGAGAAAACUUGAACAAUACGUAGCUUACUGAAACUGUGCUUUACUUUAAGUCCUGUAUUCACGGGUCCAAGGCCCUCUAGAGCAGCUUCCCAAAAUGUUCAUGAAAUGAACGUGAAAGCUCCUCCCCCGAAGACCUAUCAAGGGGACGGGGGCUGCUCUUCUGUUACUUCCUUAUGCCAAAGUUGUACUGAUGUUUAGAUAAGCUCAACCCGAAGUGUUGAUUAGCUCAGUAACACUCGCCAACUCUCGCUUACCUCAAGUGUCACAGACUGUUGUGAGACAGCAGGCAUAUUUGUGACUGUUAACGACACAGACGGUGUGUAGCAUUUUCAAAGCGGCAGUGUUAUCCUCACCAGUUCUGUUUGUCCAACUGUGGACCAGAACCACGAGCUGCACGCUGAUGACAAUAAUGACACUCCUCCCUGUCUGCUUUUA